CUGGUUCAAUGAUUGACUGGAAUUUCCUUUCUCAGCACUCUCCUGCCAUUAACACAAAGAAAAGCUGCUGACAAGGAGAAAGAGUAGCAGUGGAGGUCCAGCCCCUCUGUAAACACGCGCCAGCCGAGCUGGGCACGGCAGCACUGCGCCAUCGGUUGUGCCAUCUGUAGACCAGCCCCCCGUGCAAGCACUCUAGUUGAGCUGGGCACCGCAGCACGAGUUAGGAGAGCACCUGCCAGGACAGAAGGACAUCCGUCACUCCAAGUCACACACACACAGGGCACCGUAGGGCCUGACAGAGUCACACGCCAGGAGCCGCAAACACAUUGAGUCACACACACACACAUAUAUAGAGGCUCUCAGGGGAGGGCAAAGGAGGAAACAAGGAAAAAAAAAACUCGCCCGACCAGUUCUCGUAUUCCUCAGACGGGUUACGGCAUCUCCUCCAAGCUGCUCCUCGGCCGCCGCCUCGCUCAGUUUUCACCUCACACGUGCUGCUGAACUUCAGAAGAAAGGUCCACCUCCAGUCUUCAUGUCCAACUACCUGUACUACAUUGUGCCGGUCCUGGGGGGCUACACGCUGACAUCGGUCCUGCUCCUGCGGAACCCCCACCUGCUCCACAAGAAGAAGCAGACCGCCAUCCAGUGCCAGCACAUCUCCCACCGUGGAGGGGGCGGGGAGAGAAUCGAGAACACUCUUGAAGCUUUCACCAAUGCUGUGGACAAUGGGACAGAUCUGUUGGAACUGGACUGCCACCUGACCAGAGAUGGACAAGUGGUGGUAUCACACGAUGAGAAUCUUCUCCGAGAGACGGGACACGACAUCAACAUCUCAGAUGUGGACUAUGCCGACUUGCCGUUGUACAGAGACAGGCUGGCGGUCACGUUUUAUGAAGGACACUUUAGCACCGGGAAGGACCGGAGGAUCGCCCUGCUGGAGGACGUUCUCAAGCAGUUCCCGCACACUGCAGUCAACAUUGAAAUCAAGGAGGACAACGAGCCCCUCAUCAAGAAGGUAUCCGAUUUGGUAAAGAAGUACGACCGCGAGAGCAGGACCGUGUGGGCCAGCGUGAAGUCGGACAUCAUGAAAAAGUGCAGAGCUGAGAACCCCAACAUGCCCACCAUGUUCACGUUCCAGCGUGGCCUGCUGCUCCUGCUCAUGUACUACACUGGCCUGCUGCCUUUCGUCCCACUCUCGGAGUCCUUCUUGCAGACCUACAUGCCCUCCAUCAUAAACCGGACCUACACGCCCAGCUCUGUGCUGCUCAGGAACUCCUUUCUCAUCAAGAUAGCAGACAAGAUCACAAUGCGAAAGUCCCUCUUGAGGCACCUGCAGCAGCGAGGAAUACAGAUCCACCUGUUUGUGCUCAACGAGGAGUCCGACUUCAGGAGGGCCUUUCAGCUCGGAGCCACGGGGGUCAUGACGGAUUACCCCAGUAAGCUAAGAAGAUACCUGGAUAGCAACCCCAUGCCCAGUCUGAAUGACCAGUAGAGGGCAGAGAGAGCCAGCCUGAGCGGAGGACAUGACAGCCCUACCUCAUCUGUCUAUUGAUCAUAUAGUGCCUUUGACUAUCUAUCUAUCUAUCUAUCUAUCUAUCUAUCUAUCUAUCAUUCAUAUAGUACC